AAUUCGGUCCGUUUGGCCAUACGGAAAAAUAAUGUACGCUCCCAGCAAACAGGGAGAACAACCUAGCAUCGAAGUUUCAAAAGAAUUCGUCAUGAGCCCGAAUAAACUUCACCUGGAAGCUUCUCUGGAUAAAGCUUUGUAUCAUCACGGGGAAAACAUAGCCGUGAACGUACACAUUGCCAACAAUUCCAAUAGAACGGUUAAAAAAAUCAAAGUGUCCGUUAGACAAUUUGCAGACAUAUGUCUUUUUUCAACGGCUCAGUAUAAAUGCACGGUUGCGGAAACGGAAAGCGAUGCCGGAUGUCCCGUCGGACCUGGAUUCACGCUUUCGAAAGUUUAUUCUAUACGUCCGAGCCUUGAAAAUAACAAAGAUAAAAGAGGAUUAGCUCUAGAUGGUCAACUUAAACACGAAGACACGAAUCUUGCUUCGAGCACAAUGU